AGGUUAAGCAAAGACAGCUAUAUAUAUAAAAAAGAGAGUAGAGAGAGACAAAGUAAGAAGAAGAAGAAGAAGAAUGGGGCUACAAGGUCAGCUAAGUGACGUCUCUUCCGAUUCAAUACCUCUGAUGCUCCUCUCUCUUCUCGCCGUUUUCAUCAACCAUCUCCGGUCUUUCCUCCUCCGCCUCACGGCAAUCUCUUCUAAUCCCAAUCUCCCGAACGUCGAGGACGUGUCGAUUGCGUCGGGCUUAGCGAACAUAAUCGUUCUGGCGGAUCAGCUUAGCUUGAAUCGGCUCUUCUCAUACCGGUGCGACGCAGACGGAGGAGGAGGAGGAGGAGGAUCGGAUUGCGUGGUGUGCCUGUCGAAGCUGAAGGAAGGCGAAGAGGUGAGGAAGCUGGAAUGUCGACACGUGUUCCACAAGCAGUGUUUGGAAGGAUGGCUUCACCACCUCAAUUUCACCUGUCCUCUCUGUAGAUCUGCUUUGGUCUCCGAUCUUUCCGUCUCCAAAACGCAGCGUCGCGUCGGCACGGAUUUGAUCUCCUGUUUCUCUCUCCACUGAUGUACAUCCGACGGCCGUGAUUGAUUCUCAGUUUCCGAGACAUCUACGGUGGCUGGCUGCUUCGGUUUUCACCAACGCACGCGCUCGCGCCCCUUCUUUUCUCGGAUCCUUUUUUGAGCUCUCUCUCUCUCUCUCUCUCUCUCGGAGGAGGAGGAGACCUUUUGGUUUGUAUUUUUUGUUCGUUUUCUACCUUUUUCAAAUCUCCUUGUGUAAAUUUUGAAUAUAAAAAUUUUCACAGUUUGUAUUUGUACCUGAGUAUAGGAUUUUGAGAAGAUAUAUAUAAAUCGUACAAUCAUCUCUUGUUCCAUCA